AUGGAAUAUAUUGUUUCAUAGAUUGAAUAUUUUACAAAAUAUCUUGAAUCAAAUUGGAGUAGAGGUGCUCCUGUUUUUUAUGUAAUGACAGGAAUACUGUUUAGUUCUAUAAAUUCGUUAUUAGGUAAAACAAUAGGAAUGAAUGCUAAUUAAAUAGUAUUUGGAAGAGGGCUAAUUAUGUGCGUUAUUGGAAAAUUAGCUACUUAAUAACAAAAAAUAAAUUUAUAUGGGUUUAAUGGUGAAAUCUACAAGAAAUUAUUACUUAGAAGUCUCUUAGGGUGUUUGGCAACAUUCUUGUUUUAUGCAGGAUUAAUUUAUGUGAAUAUUUCUGAGGCUUAAGUAUUAAUGUAAACUACAUCUAUUUGGACAACAAUUUUUGCGAUAUUAAUAUUGAAAACAGAAAAAUUUUCAUGGAAGUUACUAUUACAUUUUUUAAUUUGCUUUAUUGGUAUUUUUCUAUUAGUUAAACCCCCAUUCUUAAAAAAAUUGAUUGGUGAAUAAGAAUCAAUCGAAGAAAAUGAAACUUAAUUAAUAGGAUGCGUAAUUUUGUUGAUAUCUACCUUUUUCUUUUGUCUAGUCUAAGUAUUAAUAAAAAAUUUAACACAUUGUGUAAUUAUUAUCAAUAAUAAUUUAAGGUUAAUUAAUUAGUGAUUCCUUAAUAUUUUAGUGUAACUUCAAUAAUUUUUUCUUCUUUUUUGGCUACCUUGAAUCCAAAAUUGAUUUGGAAAGUUCCAAAUAUGGUUGAGUUGAUGAAAUUAUGUUUAAUUGGAAUAGUUUCAUAUUUAUAAUAGUUAUUAAUGAAUAGAGCAUAUAUGAAAGGAAAUUUAACUGAAAUGGCUAUGUUAGGUUAAACACAAUUAAUAUAUGCAUAUUUAUUUGAUAUAUUAAGAGGUGCUCAAAUAUCAGUUUUAAGUGUUUGUGGAUCUAUUUUAAUUGCAAGUUCAAUCUGUAAAAGAAUUUUGGAGAAGAAAAGCGUUUAGGAUUAAAAUUCUAAAUGA